AAUACAGUCAGGAAAUUGCGUUUGAUGGAAAGGGGGAAAUAAACAGUGCAGGUUAAACCUCUGAGGCUGCUUCGGAUAUUCUGAAUUUGUUUGCUUUUUAAUCCUAACAUGGCCCACCGAGAGUUGAGAGAAAAAGUCGAGCUGGAGAAGAGUGUCAGGAGGUUUCGAGAAAUGUUCCAAGGGAAGGUGGCCUUGGAACUGGCGGUGCUGCUCAUGAAGAGGUACCACAGUAACUACCAGCUGGUAACCAAGCACAUAAUCCUGAUGGUCACAGACCAGGAGUCUGGUGGUCUAGAUGCUGACGACCGGAGGGAGAUAGAGAACAGCCCAGAUGUCAAGAGCGUUAUUGAGACACUUCAAGCUGAGGAAAGGAAAGCAAAAAAUAAGAGCCCGAAAGUGAUAAUUAAAGAGGAUCCUGACGUAAAGAAACUAGCAUCGAAGUUAACGGAGAAGAAUCUGAAACUGUUUAAUCAGGCCAAUGCCAAACUGAUUCCAUGGGAGGAGAAGCUGUUUGCUUGCAGACAGUGCGACAGCUACUGGUGGAGGAGAGUACCUGAAAGAAAACAGGUCUCCAGGUGUCGGAGGUGCAAGAUGAAGUAUGACCCGGUGCCGCGUGAUAAAAUGUGGGGCUACGCUGAAUUUCACUGCCAGCAUUGUGGCAACAUCUUCGGGGGCUUUGGACAGAUGGGGCUGCCCGCUCCCUGCUACAUCUGCUGCGGCCGUGUGACCCCCACUCGGAUCCUUCCACCCAAGAAGGGAGUGGGCCCUCGCACUCCGAGACCCCACAGUUGCUUCGCGGAGGACUGCUACAAUCGCAAAGAACCCCACAUCCAAGGGACCCACUGUGUUCACCCGCGCAGCCGGCUUCAGAAAGGGCUCCCGAAGGUUCUGUUCCCGAGUCCGGAGCACGACAGCACAGGAUCCACCAUCGCAACCUGCCUGAGUCAGGGGAGCUUGAUGGAGUGUCAUGUGAAUGAUAUCAUUGAAGAGGACAUCCUGGAAGAGGAGGAGGAGGAGGAGGAGGAGAGGGGCACCACGGAGGAAGAUGAGGACUCAACAGAAAAGUCAGAUGAUGGGAAUGGUGAUAACGGUGACUAAAUGAUUGGGAAACGUUCCCGAGCUGAAUAUGUAUGAAUGUUAGCCUUCGCUGUGCACCAUCUGUCACAAUGACCCAUUGUGUGCUCCCCACUCUCAGGGCUCCCCUGGGUUAGGCAGAAGGUUGUGGGGGUGGA